UGUUGACUAUGUGUUACAUCUGUUGAAGUGUUGGCAAUCUUUGAAAGUGUGGAGUGGAGGUUGGAAGGGUUUUGACCUGUUUGAUAAUUUCUGGUUUUGUGUAUCAACAUUAAUAUAAAACCAGCCAUACAUUGUUCAUCAUGAAACAACAAAUAGUACUAGCCUCAUUUUUCUUUGUGUCCUUUACUGGAUUUUGUGGCGCUUGCACAAACCCACAAGUAACCUCAAAGUCAUUUACAACACAAGAUGCGACAAUCGUGUCCCAUAUUGCAUAUGUAUCGGAUUUUAGCGUGAAAUGUUCUUCCGGAGAAGCUGGUAGUCUGUACGCUGAGUUGGAAGAUGGUAGCAUUACUCCAGUUGCAAUUGUUGGCCCCCAAUCCUACCAGGUCAGCUGGACUGAGGAAUCUAAGGCAGCCAAAUCUGGUGACAGAAUAGUUCGUAUCUUCAAUGAAGAUGGUUACACAGCUAUCCGGAAACUGUUAAGGGCUGGAGAAUCUUCUUACAGUGUGGAGCCAUUUUUUACUGCUGCGGUAAGACAUCCCGGUUCAUACAACGGGCCAUGGGUGAAGAGUGAAUUUAUUGCGGCCAUUGCCGCUUUAGUGGUGUCAUAUUUUGCAAUAGCUACAAGAGCGAAAAUCGUAUCAUAAUUGAUUAUUUGUUUUUGUUGUAAAUUAUUAGUGGAUUUUGAAGUAUAUGAAAUAAAGUUCUAAUUUUUA